AUGGCGUAUUUGGGUUUCAAUGGCUUCAGAUUAUCGAUUGCAUGGACCAGAAUACUACCAACUGGAAAGAAAAUUGAUGGAGUCAACGAGGAAGGCAUCCAAUUUUACAAAGACCUCAUCGAAGAACUUCAUAAACAAGGAAUUGAGCCUUUCGUGACUCUUUUUCAUUGGGAUGUUCCUCAAGCACUCGAAGAUGAGUAUGGUGGUUUCUUGAAUUCUAAAAUCAUUGACGAUUUUCGGGACUACGUAAACAUUUGCUUUGAUCGAUUUGGGCCCGAUGUGAGGUAUUGGAUCACCUUGAACGAGCCAUUGAUAUUCACCCGCUUCGGAUAUGUUGAUGGCAACUUUCCUCCUGGCAUUGUGGAGGAUCCUGGGAAAGACCCAUAUACAGUGGCCCACAACUUGCUCAGGGCUCAUGCAGCCGCAGUGGAUCUCUACAGGAACAAUUACCAGCAAUCCCAAGGGGGAAAGAUUGGAAUUUCAUUGAUUUGUACGUUGAUGGUUCCUUUAUCCGAUGAACGUGCCGACAUUGAAGCUGCUGCAAGAGCUUCUGAUUUUCAAUUUGGAUGGUUUAUGGAUCCUAUAACCUUUGGAGACUAUCCAAAGAGUAUGCAAUAUCUUGUCAAGGACCGGCUGCCAAAGUUUUCUCCGAAAGAAUCUCUCAUGUUGAAAGGGUCAUUCGAUUUCCUUGGAGUGAAUUAUUAUACUGCAAGUUAUGUUACUAAUGCCCCUUACUCUCCUCUGGGUAAUUAUGCCACCGAUGGUUGUUACAAAGUUUUGAUUUCUUCAUUUUGUAGUGCUGGUGUAGAUGUGAAGGGAUACUUUGUGUGGUCUUUGUUGGAUGACUUUGAAUGGAAUUCUGGUUAUACAGUUCGCUUCGGUCUUUACUACGUAAAUUUCAAGAGUGAAUACCUGCAGAGACAUCCAAAGAAUUCAGCCAAAUGGUUUAGAAAAUUCCUCGCUCCAUAA